CUCAAAAUGUCCGUCUUAUUCAUUACCACAAGUGUGCUUCCGUUUUCCAAAAUCUCUUGAUUAAGUUGGCUAGGAACAUGAGGUCUAGUUUCUAUAGUUUAUAAAUAACAGAAUCUCCCAUGAUGGAAAGAGGGCAUUCUCCUUCUCUGUACAUGCUUUUGCGCCCAUUUCUUUCUGUACAUUCUCAGCCAUGAAGUUUUUCUAUUCUGCAUUGGCCUUUGCGCCACAAGUUUUUGCUGCUCUCACUUACAAAGGAGUUGACUGGUCGUCCGUUACUGUUGAGGAGCAGGCCGGUUACUCUUACAAAAAUACCGCUGGCACUACACAAGCAAUCGAGACUAUCUUGGCUGCUUCAGGUGUCAACACUGUGAGACAAAGGAUAUGGGUUAACCCGUCAAAUGGUCAAUACAAUUUGGCAUACAACUUGGCCCUCGCCAAACGUGCCAAGGCUGCUGGAUUAAAAAUAUACCUUGAUUUACAUUUCAGUGACACAUGGGCCGAUCCGAGUCAUCAGGUAAACAAACCUGUCUUCUCAUAACCAAUCUUUAAUCAAUUGAUACUAACUUCUUCCUCACUAGAGUAUCCCCUCCGGCUGGCCUACCGACACGGUCGGCAACCUGGCAUGGGAAGCCUACAACUAUACCCUCGCUGUCUCUGACGCUUUCGCCAGUGCUGGCAUCUCUCCCUCCAUAAUCUCCAUCGGCAACGAAAUCCGCGCCGGGCUCCUGUGGCCCAUCGGCAAAACCUCCUCCUACAACAACAUCGCCACCCUCUUGCACUCCGCGUCCGCCGGCAUCAAAGACUCGACUCUAAGCACCAAACCCAAGAUCAUGAUCCAUCUCGACAACGGCUAUUCCUGGUCCGAGCAAGAAUAUUUCUACAAGACCGUGCUUGCAGAAGGUCCCCUCCUAACCACCGACUUCGACAUGAUGGGCGUAUCCUACUACCCGUUCUAUACGUCCGCCGCUACGCUCGCUAGUCUCAAGACUUCUUUGACAAAUAUGGCUUCAACAUGGGGCAAAGAACUUGUAGUCGCCGAGACAAAUUGGCCAUUCGCUUGUCCGUCCCCCGCAUACUCCUUCCCAUCCGACGCAACAUCGAUUCCAUUUAGUGCCGCGGGCCAAACAACAUGGAUUAAGAACGUCGCCUCUAUCGUGGCGGGUGUUCAAGGCGGAGUUGGCCUCUUCUACUGGGAGCCUGCUUGGAUUAACAAUGCAGCUUUGGGAAGCAGUUGUUCUGACAACUUACUCGUUGGCACUAAUGGAGCUGCGAGAUCUAGUUUGUCGGCUUUUGCUAGUAUCUAGUUUUUGGAUUGUGGAUCAGAGGUAGUAAAGUAGAGAGGAGGCAGAUAUCUAGUUUUCUAAUUGUUUUGUAUAUACUUGAACUCUAUUAUUUGUACAUAAAAACA